AUGGCCGCCGAAGUGGUGGCCGCGCCGCCGAAGAAGAAUCUGUAUGCUUCUAUCUAUGGUUCCAGAAAACGAGCUGCUUUCAAAUCCAAACCGCCUCAAAAUAUUACUGUCAAGAAACCCAAACUUGGCUGCGCUUUUAUUCAAACUGACGACGACGACGAUGAUGAAGACGAUGUAUCCUCCAAGAUUAUCGGAAGAAAAUAUUCCUCCGGUAUGCUUAAUAAUAAUACAGGUUAUCAAAGUAUUGAUAUAAUCGGAUCUGGAACUUACGGCGUCGUACACAAAGCUCGCCACUUGAAAACCGGAGAAAUCGUCGCCAUCAAACUACAGUUCAACGGAACUUCUCUAUCUUCCUUCCGAGAAACUGACGUACUUGAGUCCCUUCUUCCUCACCCUUCCAUCGUCCGAUUAAAGGAAGUUCUCGUCGGUAAUGAUUUUGACGACGACGACGACGAAGAAGACCCCGUUUAUAUAGUCAUGGAAUAUUUUGAAAGUGAUUUGAAAAAGUACAUCAAAUCCAAGAAGAAAGACGACGAGCCCUUUAUUAUUGAUCCGAGCGAAGUCAAGUGUUUGAUGAAGCAGUUAUUGGAGGGGGUCGAGUUUCUGCAUUCGAAUAAACUGAUGCAUAGGGAUUUGAAGCCGGGGAAUAUUCUCGUGAACAAGGACGAAAAAGGGAUGUUAAAUUUGAAGAUAUGCGAUUUUGGGAUGUGCCGUUCGUUUGGAAGCAGGUCGGGAUUAUAUACACCGAGUGUAGGCACUAGCUGGUACAAAUCUCCAGAAAUUCUACUCGGAGCGAAAAAAUAUUCGAGUGCGGUGGAUAUGUGGUCGGUUGGUUGUAUAAUGGCUGAGUUGUUUACGGGAAAAGCGCUUUUUAGAGGGGAAUCUGAGUUGGAUCAGAUUAAGUGUGUGUAUAGGGUUUUGGGGACUCCGAACGAGGAUAUUUGGCCUGGAUUUACGAGUUUGCCGGGGAGUGUAGCUAAUUUUGGUCAACUGCCUUGCAAUUUGACACGAGACGAGUUUCCGAUGCUUACACGAGUUGGAUUUGAUCUGCUAAGCAAGCUUUUGAGUUACGAUCCGGAGAAUAGGAUAACGGCUGAAGUUGCUCUUCGUCAUGCUUGGUUCGAGGAGGAUUAAUUAAUUCAUU